UCCCAAAAGGCCUCCUCAAAAAUCAAAAGUAUAUUAAAAAGCCAAUACACACUGGCAACCCGCAACUAGACUCUGACAGACAGGGGCAAGGCCACUGUUGUAGCAACGGCGUGUGUGCUAAGGUUACAGCGGCGGCGAGUUUCUUCAUUUGGUUGCGCACUGAUUUCACUUGUACGCCUCUUCACUCUAAAAUACGAUUCUCAGGUCUGAACUUCAUUCUUCAUUAACCACAAAGUUGCCAGCUUUUGGAAUAACCAAAUUUAAAGAUCAUGUCUAGUAGAAAAGAAACUGUUUUAGAUCUUGCGAAGUUUGUUGACAAGGGCGUCCAAGUUAAGCUUACGGGUGGACGACAAGUGACUGGAACACUCAAAGGAUAUGAUCAGUUGCUGAACCUUGUGCUGGAUGAGGCCAUUGAAUUUUUGAGAGAUGCUGAUGACCCGCUGAAGACCACUGACCAGACUAGAAGCCUUGGCUUAAUUGUUUGUAGAGGAACAGCGGUGAUGCUUGUUUCUCCAACUGAUGGCACGGACGAGAUUGCAAACCCUUUCAUUCAGCCUGACGGUGCUUAAGUUAUUGUUGGCAGUAAUACCUCUUAACUUAUCGACAUGGUCAGUCGGAUCACGCUUACUUUUCGGUGUACUAGACUGCCAAUUUAUAUAGACAUUAACAUAACUUUUAGAUGUAAUGCCUGGUUUGCUUGAUUAUACUUCAUUUGGGAAAUAUUUGGUGUACAAAGACUCUCAUAGUUCUUCAUAAAUCCAUCAUUCUCUUAGACAAUA